AGUCAACCAACGGUUUUUUUGAAGAGGGAGCCUCCUGAGAAAUGGCAUCUUGGAUUCAAUCCUUUCAUUCUUAAUGUGCUCAACUCAUGUAUUGAUGUUCAGUUUAUCCUGGAUAAUCAUACUUGUGCAGCUCAUGUUAUUGAUUAUGUUGAUAAAACAAAUAAAGGGAUAAGUGACUUACGACGAAGGAUCAUGGCAAUCGCUGAUGAAAACCCUGCAUUUGAUAUCAGAGAGAUGACGAAAAAGUUGAUUGGAGAUGUGUUGAGAACCGUGGAGAUUACAGCUCAGGAGGCUGCUUGGUACUUAUUGAGGGAACCCAUGUGUAAAACUUGUACAAAGAUUGUUUAUAUACCAACCGUCUGGCCAAAUGAACGACAAACUAGUAGUAAGAAAAAUAGUGACGAAAUGGAGGAAGUGAUUUGUGAUGAGAAUCCAUCAGAAAUGAUCAAAACUGAUAUGUUCCAAAAGUACGAAGAGAGACCACAGGCAAUGGAACAUGUUACUCUUGCGCAGUUUGCUGCCAAAUAUUAUUGGAAUACGAAAAACGAGUACUUGAGGCGAGAAGAGCCCUCUAUAAUAAGAUACCAUAAUUAUGAUCCGGACAAGGAGAUGGAUGAGUACAAGAGGGAGAUGGUGACAUUGCAUCUCCCAUUUCGCUGUGAACAGUGGGAGAUUCUGCUUGAUAACAAGUUUGUCGAGCUUUUCGAUGAGAAUGAAGAGAUUAUCCUGCAGCGGAGGAAGGAGUUCGAGAAAGAUUUAGAUGGUAAAAGGGUUAUUGACAUCUGUGAAGAAAUAUGUGAUGAGAGCGGAGAGACGUGUGAUUUCGGAAUGCGGGACUUGAUUAACGUGAGUUGGUCGGUGAAGACAGAGCCUAUGAUGGAAUAAAAUUAGUACAGAAAGUGAAUAUUUUGAAAUGUGAGUCAAAAUUGUAUUUUUCAAUCUUUAUUUAUACAUUUAUCUCAUGAAUAAAUAACUUCAGGGAACAUGUAUUUACUGGGGCAAUCACAGAAUCCCUCAAAUUAUAUAUAAAUAAAACUUUGAAAUAACUUUAGACGAUGAAUAAGGUUUUUAUGCUGAGAAUAAUGUGAGAACACAAAGGUUACUCCAGAAAUUGAUGGAUCGAUCAGUCCAUUCUGAGAACGAAACUCUCGAAAGUCCAACUAUUAUCCAUUGCUCGUGAACAGGAUCGGACGGUGUUGGAACGCUUCCAAGUAAUAGUCAUCACCGAAAUUAGGAUGAUCAGAGAGGAACUAGUAACUCAAACUGUGGGGGUCUCUAUUUUUUGUGUCCCCGAGAGAAUGGGUCCACUUGGAACGAAACUGAAGACUAAUUCGGAAUAGAAACUGUCGUCGGGAGAAAAAGUAGAAAUGUACUAUGUGGAGGUUUACGAGUUCAGAGAAGCGUGAUGUUGAUAAGACUUCGUGAUAAAUAAUACGAUUGUAU